UCUUCCAUAAUGAACGAGUGCCACUAUGAUAAACGUAUGGACUUUUUCUAUAACAUGAGCAACACUGAUACGGCAGAUGAAUGGACGGGGACCAAGCUUGUGAUUGUUCUCUGCUUUGGGACCUUCUUCUGCCUGUUUAUCUUUAUUUCUAAUUCUCUGGUCAUCGCAGCUGUGGUCAAGAACAGAAAGUUUCAUUUCCCCUUCUACUACUUGCUGGCUAACCUCGCUGCUGCAGACUUCUUUGCUGGCAUCGCCUAUGUGUUCCUCAUGUUCAACACUGGCCCUGUCUCCAAAACAUUGACCGUCAACCGUUGGUUUCUGCGCCAGGGGCUCCUGGACACCAGCUUGACGGCCUCUCUAACAAAUCUGCUGGUCAUUGCAGUGGAGAGGCACAUGUCCAUCAUGAGAAUGAGAGUGCAUAGCAAUCUGACCAAGAAGAGGGUCACCCUGCUGAUCCUGCUCAUCUGGGCUAUCGCGAUAUUCAUGGGGGCAGUCCCCACGCUUGGCUGGAACUGCCUGUGUGAUAUCUCCACUUGCUCCUCCUUGGCUCCCAUUUACAGCAGGAGCUACCUCAUUUUCUGGACAGUGUCCAACCUUGUGGCCUUCUUCAUCAUGGUGGUGGUGUACCUGCGUAUCUACAUGUAUGUAAAGAGGAAAACCAAUGUCUUGUCUCCACAUACGAGUGGGUCCAUCAGCCGCCGGAGGACACCGAUGAAGCUCAUGAAGACAGUUAUGACUCUCUUAGGAGCUUUCAUUGUAUGCUGGACUCCUGGGUUAGUAGUCCUGCUCCUGGACGGUCUAAACUGUACUCACUGUGGCGUACAGCACGUCAAAAGGUGGUUUCUGCUGCUGGCCCUACUCAACUCCGUCAUGAAUCCAAUCAUUUACUCCUACAAAGAUGAAGACAUGUACAGCACCAUGCGGCGAAUGAUCUGCUGUUGUUCUCAUGGUGAAACCCCAGAGAGGCGGUCUUCCGGGAUACCAUCUACGGUCUUGAGCAGGAGCACCGACACCUCGAGCCAGAAUAUGGAAGAUGGUAUUAACCAAGGGACGAUAUGUAACAAAGGGCAUUCCUGA